AUGGCUUUCUCUAACAACAUUACCUUUGGACUUGAGUACGAACUCAAGCUCCGUGUCACGGCAAGUCAACUCCAAAAGGAGCUCCAGAGUGACCCUUCCACCAAAAACAUCGAGGUCGUUACCGAUGCUGGUCAAGUUCGCCUCUCAAAGGUUGGACCCCAGUAUCUCCAGAACGAUUACCUCAACUUCGCUUUCCGCGACAACGUCGACCAUCCCCAGAGAACAACUCUGGUCAGCAAGGUUACUGGAGAGCAAUGCGAUUUCCGCGGGUACUCUACGGAGGCUCUCAGAAUCGUUCAAAAACGUCUCCAGGACAUUUCUGGCUACGAAGCAACAGCUAUCUACCAGGGUCAAGGUAAGCAGGCAGAUUUUUCCUCUGCCCCUCUUUAUCUGACCCAUGAUGCCAGUCUCAAUGGCCUCAACAAAGCUGCCAAGAUCGCUACUGGUCUAUGUACUGCAGACCAGACCGAUACCACAGAUUUCAUUGGAACGGAGAUCGUGACUGCNCCUCGCGACUCACCCCAGGAAGCCUGUGAUGAAGCCAACAAGAUCUCUGCAGCACUUCGUAGUGAUGGCCUCGACUAUCUUAUUGACGAUGAAUGUGCCAUGCACAUCCACGUCGGAAAACAGGACGGCACUCGCUUUGACAUCAAGACACUACAACAUCUCGCUUACCUGGUUCUGAUCUACGAGCAUGAAUUUGCCCGUAUGACUGUACCUCGCAAGCGUGGAGCCGAUUUCGAAACCAGAUCGAAUCGCUCCGACUUUGCAACCGAGUGCCCAUCACCGGAAUCACAUCACGCAUUCCUAUGCGACCAACAGGGCGUCAACACUGAAGGAUCUGUGGAAGUCGUCUGGAACUACCAGUCGCUGUCGCAGAUCCGCAAAGCCCUGUUUGACGAUGUAGACUCAGCAGAAGACCCUUACAAAGCCUUCGUCAACCUCAUGGGCGACAAGGGUCACAUCGUCAACUUUUCAUAUGCUGCUCGCGACAUCACCAAAAACGAGCCAGCAGCCACUGUCGAAUUCAGACAACAUCAAGGCACUCUCAACGGCAGCGAUGGUCUUCACUGGGCUCGUCAUUGUACAGCCCUCGUCGCCUUGGCCCAGAGACACGCCGAAACCAACACCCAAUACCCCAUCACCACCUGGUCAGACAACAUCGACAUCGAACAACUGUGGAGGGAGAUGAAACUGCCCGAACCCACCAAGCAAUUCUAUCGUAACCGUAUUGAGGAGUAUGAUGAGCGUUGGCCCGACAUNUUUCAGACUCCUCUUUGCGAACCCGACAUGGUUUUCGACGAUGACUUUUCNUUUUCUGACGAUGAAGAGUCUGAGGACUCUGAACCAAGCAUGACUGAAGAAGCCGAUGUACAGGAGAAGUGUUGA